UUCUCUUCCUGCUUUAGGAUCUGAGGCUUUCUCUGUCUGCUUCGCUUGAUAAGCAAAACUGCAAAAACAGAGAGUCAGAGAACUCUCAAAGUCUCAGCCUUUUUGUCUUUGUAAAUUGUUUCUCCUCUUUCUUCUUCUAUCAAAGCUUUGUACUUUCUCAAACAUAUAUAUUCAAAAUCUUUACAGACUCUCUGAGUCUCUUGUCUCUCUCUCAUUGUGUAACGUAUGUAUAUUAUGUCUGUGUCUGUAUAUAUGUGUUGUAUAUAUAUAGAGCAAAUUUCAGGGUCUGAAAGAUUUUGUGGAGUUGAAAGAGCUGCUGUUCUUGAAGUGCUGCAAAGGUUCUGAAAGCAAAAAUCUUUUUGCCCGGGCUUUUUUUAGAGCCUCGGGUGGGGUUUGAUUCAGAGUCAUGACUUCAGAGAAAGAGCUACCGAAUCGGGUCGACCAAGAACCAGAACCCGGCAGUCCUUGCUUUUUGCAGAAGUUCAAGCUCUACGAGACUCGCUCGAAUUUUUAUAUGAUAGGAAGAGACAAAAGCAGAACCUUUUGGAGGGUGUUAAAGAUUGAUAGAUUGGAUCCAUCUGAGCUUAACAUUCUUGAAGAUUCCACAACGUACACAGAUAUUGAGUGCUACGACCUUCUAAAACGGAUACAUGAAGGAAACAAGUCAAUGGGUGGACUUAAGUUUAUCACCAUUUGUUAUGGAAUUGUUGGGUUCGUGAAGUUUCUGGGACCUUAUUACAUGCUUAUUAUUACAAAAAGAAGGAAGAUUGGAGCAAUUUGUGGUCAUACUAUCUACGCGAUUAGCAAGAGCGAAAUGAUUCCAGUUCCAAAUUCUUCUGUGCGGUCAAACUUGGCUUAUUCUAGAAAUGAGAACAGAUACAAGAAGCUCUUAUGCACAGUGGACCUGACAAAGGACUUCUUUUUCAGCUACUCAUACAAUGUAAUGUGUAGUCUUCAAAAGAACUUAUGCGACAGUAAGACAGGACCAUUCCUUUAUGAAACAAUGUUUGUCUGGAAUGAGUAUUUGACUCGUGGAAUCCGAAAUUGUCUGAAUAAUACUCUCUGGACAGUUGCCUUAGUUUAUGGAUUCUUCAAACAGGUCAAUCUUUCUGUAUCAGGUAGAGAUUUCAAGUUGACUGUCAUUGCCAGACGUUCCCGUCACUUUGCUGGCACCAGAUAUUUGAAAAGAGGUGUAAAUGAGAAAGGUAGAGUUGCUAACGAUGUUGAGACAGAGCAGGUUGUGAUUGAAGAUGCUUCUGAAGGAUGCCCAGUGCAAAUAAGUUCAGUUGUGCAGAAUCGAGGCUCAAUUCCCCUUUUCUGGUCCCAGGAAACCUCACGAUUAAAUAUUAAACCCGACAUAAUAUUAUCAAGGAGGGAUCAAAAUUAUGAGGCCACCAGACUUCAUUUUGAAAAUCUCGUCAAGAGAUAUGGAAAUCCAAUUAUUAUUUUGAAUUUGAUCAAGACAUGUGAGAAGAAGCCUCGAGAAACAAUUCUCCGUGCAGAGUUUGCAAAUGCUAUCCGAUUUAUCAAUAGGAGUUUGUCAAAGGAGAGCCGCCUAAGGUUUCUUCAUUGGGAUUUGCAUAAACAUGCCAGAAGCAAAACAACCAAUGUGUUGGCACAUCUAGGAAAAGUGGCUACAUAUGCAUUGUGCUUAACUGGAAUCUUCUAUUGUCGAGUAACCCCAGAUUUAAGGCCUGAGGGUUCAUUCCACGGCUCCUGGUUUGAAAAAAGUGAUGAUGGUGGUGACUGCUUUUCACAUAACUGUUCCAGUAAAGAUGAGGAUCUUGAUAGCCUAGAAACAGAAAAUAGCAAUGGAAGCGGUGGUGACGAUAGAAGCAGGAAUCACAAUGUCAAACCCCCAAUGUUUCAGAAAGGGGUCCUGAGGACCAAUUGCAUAGACUGUCUAGAUCGCACAAAUGUAGCCCAAUAUGCUUAUGGGCUAGUUGCUCUUGGACAGCAGUUGCAUGCUUUAGGAUUUAUAGAAUCCUCAGAUAUUGAUCUAGAUAACCCUCUGGCAGAAGAUUUGAUGAGAGUUUAUGAGGCAAUGGGUGACACUCUUGCAUUGCAGUAUGGUGGUUCUGCAGCUCACAACAAGAUAUUCUCUGAGAGAAGAGGUCAAUGGAAGGCAGCAACUCAGUCCCAAGAGUUCUUUAGAACCCUUCAACGAUUUUACAGUAAUGCCUACGUGGAUGCUGAGAAACAAGAUGCUAUUAAUGUAUUCCUAGGGCAUUUUCAACCGCUGCAGGGUAAACCAGCAUUGUGGGAGUUGGACUCAGACCAGCAUUAUAAUGUUGGGAGGCGCAAUCCUAAUUUUGCCGAUGACAAUGGCAGUUCAUUUAUGAAAAGAUCACUAUCAGAUGGCAAUAUAAUUCAUGAAAGUGAUUCACCUACGGAAAAUACGGAUGUUGGACACAAUCAGCCUUUAUCUGAAAUUUCACAAGGAAGUAGCAAGGGUAUUUCAGAGUCCGCCCCUACAAUCUCAACUUGUGAAAGUGCAAUAUCUUAUCGCAGGUUUACUCCCUCAAUGCCAUGCAAGCAGCUGUUUGAUGGAAUGCAAGAGGAUCAAUGCCUUAACAGUGAUCACAUUUAUUAUGAUGAGCAUGAUGAUGAUUGUAACUUCUCAAAUUUUCUAGAUGCGGACUGGUUGUCUACAUCCGGAAAUUCUUGUGAAGAAGAAAUGUCUGGAAGGUCCAUUGCCAGCCUUUCAUCUGAGAAUCUUGUGAAUGCACCAAAAUUUGAAACGAGCACAUCUGCUAGCGAAUCUGAAUCCACAAAAAAGGGAAGAGGGCAGAGUGAAUCUGAUCUCGCAUGUGAUAAUAUGCCACCCGAGUAUUCCAACAGCUUCAUGAACUGGGUAGCUAACGGGGAGUUGCUGUUUCUUUGAAGCUAACUAGAAGGUUUUGCAUCAUAACUCUAAUUCAACCCGUCCGAAGGAUUUGGGUUUUGUACAGAAAAUAAAUGGUAAGAUGCCAACAAAGAGAAUAGCACUGGAUUUGGUGAGAAACACAUUCUUCAAGGUGGAAAUUAAUUCGUCGGGUCAUUGAGAAUAGGGGAAUUAGAGAUAGGUAUCAAUAAGCAAACUCUCAACUCCACAGCUUCUUUUAGGUUUUAGAUUGUCAAAAGUAAUUACUUGUAGAUAUUAGAUUACAACUAGUUCCCUCCUUUCCAGGUCCUGAUUACAUUCAAUUUCAUUUUCUUUUCAUGUUUA